UUGUUAAAGUUAAUACAAAGUAAUAGUAGUAAUACAAAUAAUAAUAACAACAACAACAACAACCAGAACCAGAAUCAGUUACAAAUUUCUCCCAAUAUUCAACCACAACAACAACAGCAGACGCAUCAUCAAACACCACAGCAACAUCAUCAUUACCAACAGCAACAACACCAACACCAUCAUCAUCAGCAACACCAACAGCAAACGCAUCAACAUCAUACUAAUCAUAACAGCAGAAGAACCAAUAAAACAAAUAAUAUUAAUAGUAAUCAUCAUCAUCAUAAUAAUAAUAAUCCUACUACUAACCUUAGUAGAAGUUUAAAAAAUCAUGCUAAAACUACAAAUCAUCAUCAACAACAACACCACCAUCAUCAACACACCGCCAACAAUAAUACAACUUUACAACAGUGUCGUUCCAAACAACAGCAGCAGCAACAUAAAAUGUUAACCUUGUCUUAAUUUAUGGUUUUCACUAUAAUAACAAAAGUCUUAAGUAAAGUAACAAAGAACCACUGUACCCUGCCGACCCUAAGGAGAAAGAAAUUAACACUGCCGUUUGCCAGAUAUUUCUCUUUUUUUCUUCUUAAAGGGGGCAUGGAAUGCUGCUGGAAAACGCAAACACUUCGUUGUUUUAACUAAAAAUAAAAAGUUGUGUGCAUGGCGGUGUUUUUGGUUGUUGUUAGAGAAAAGAGUUUAAGAGAAAAUGGAUUUUUUUUUGGUUUGAAAAAGCAAACUGGCUUUAAAAUUUAAAUAUUUUUGUUAAGAAAAAUAUGAGUUAAUUUUCAAAUGCGCCGCAGUUUUUUUUUUUUUGUAAAAAGUUCAUUAAGAAAAAAAGCAUUAGAAAAUAAACUACUACUAGUCGAUAACAGUAAAAGGAUUUUAAAUUCUAUGAAAAGAAAAUGAAAACAAGAAUGAAAAACAAACCAUAAAAAAAGUAA